UGCCCCUCUUCCAAAACAAUCCUUCCCCUCUUGGUGCCAAGACCCUCUCCAGAAUCGCUUCUAGUUGAACAGAACCAGAGUCUGUGCCCCUUUGCUAAGGAGGAGUGUGUAGGAGGAUUAGAGACUGGGACAAGGACCCAGUUUGAUCUGACUCCAGAGCCUUCUGCAGGGAAGAAAGAUGUCAGAUGAAGAUGAUCUGGAAGAUUUUGAGCCAGACCAGGAUGAUCUGGAAAGGGAAGAUGAUGAGAAAGAGACAGAGGAGUGGGAGGAUGACAGGAAAGAGGAGGAAGAUUUCUCUGAGGAAUGGAUGCCCACUCCUUUGACAGAGGACAUGAUGAAGGAAGGGCUUUCUUUGCUCUGUAAGACGGGCAGUGGAUUGGCCCAUGCUUAUGUCAAGCUGGAGGUUAAAGAGAGAGAUUUGACAGACAUCUACCUGCUGCGUUCCUACAUCCAUCUGCGCUACGUGGAUGUGUCCGAGAACCACCUGACAGACUUGUCCCCACUCAAUUACCUCAUCCACCUGCUUUGGCUCAAGGCUGAUGGCAACCGGCUGCGAAGUGCCCAGCUGAAUGAACUACCCUACCUACAGAUUGCCAGUUUUGCCUAUAACCAGAUCACUGACACUGAGGGCAUCUCUCAUCCUCGUCUGGGCAGCCUGAAUCUCAAAGGGAACCACAUCCGCAUGGUGACAGGUCUGGACCCUCAAAAGCUGAUCAGCCUUCACACACUGGAGCUUCGGGGGAACAAACUGGAAAGCACCAUGGGAAUCAACCUUCCUAAGCUGAAGAACCUCUUCCUGGCCCAGAACAUGUUGAAGAAGGUGGAAGGCUUGGAGAAUCUAAGGAAUCUCACUACCUUGCAUCUUCGAGACAACCACAUUGAAACUCUGAGUGGCUUCUCCAGGGAAAUGCAAUCACUGCAAUACCUCAACCUGAGGGGCAACAUGAUAACCAACCUGCGGGAGUUCACCAAGCUUCAGGACCUGCCCAAGCUUCGAGCCUUGGUGCUGCUGGACAACCCAUGUACAGAUGAGCAUGACUACCGCCAGGAGGCCCUGGUGCAGAUGGCACACCUGGAACGUCUGGACAAGGAUUUCUACGAGGAGGAGGAUCGGGCUGAGGCCCAGGAGAUUCGUCAGAGGAUGAAGGAGGAGGAGGAACAGGAGGCUGAGCCUGAGCCUGACUUGGAAGUGGACCAGCCAUAGAUCUAGCAGCAGUUCUAGCCUUCAAUGAUAGGGAUCAAAGACACUGGCCCCAAGACCUGAGAAGACUUCUUUAGGGAUCAUCCAGAGUCAGAGGAUGCCUUCUAUUGAUCCAGACCUGGGGAUUCAUCACAGCCUACCUCCCAGGCUGUGGGUGGGCACCUGAGCAGCAGGGCAGGAUGGCCAGGGGCCUGAGCUCUGCCUGGAGCCUAGCAACGAGGGCAGCCUUCAGGCAGGUCUGGUGGGAACCAGGCCUGGAUGGACGGAGUUGGCUACGGAAGAGCUGCGGAGGCGGUCUGGGGUGUUGGGCACAGCUCGGUUUUCGAAUAAAGAGAAAUUUUGAUA